AUGCAGGACCAGCACGAGGAAGGGACGGAGAUGCCCCAAGGUAACCCACUGCCAGAAGGGAACCAAGGAGGAGGAACUCGUAUGGAUCAAAUGGAACGAGUCUUGGGAAGUAUGGUCACCCUUAUGCGAGGAACACAACCAGCGGGUCAGGUUAUCCCCCGAAAUCCUAAUGUUAGCGACAGGUUCCAGCGGUUGAACCCGCCUGUUUUUCAAGGAAAGGCAGGGACUGACCCCUGUGAGAGUGAGUUUUGGCUGGAGCAGGUCGAAAAGAUCUUUGACUUUAUUGGUUGUGAGGAGGAGGAUAAAGUUGGUUGUGCAACAUUUAUGCUUCGUGAUGAAGCUGACCAGUGGUGGAAAAUGAUGCAGAGAACCCUACAAGGUCCUGAAGGACGAGGUACGCCACUUACUACAUGGGUGCAGUUUAAGGAACUUUUUAAUACGAAAUACUUUCCUUUGUGUAAGAAAAUGGAGAAAGGUCGGGAGUUCAUGAAUCUAAAACAAACUGGGGACAUGUCCGUCGCCCAAUACGAGGAUCACUUCACAAGGCUGAUCAAGUAUAUGCCUAUAUAUAACCUGGACGAGGAAGCCAAAGCGCAGAAGUUCCUUGGAGGACUGAAGUGGAAGAUUCAACUAGCCUUAAGCUCCUUAAGGACACGCACCUAUGCAGAAGUGGUGCUGCAAGCCUUGACGGUAGAAAGCAACUUUCGGCGAAUGGAGACUUUGGGAACGGAAUUUCGUGGGCCCGAGGAUGGAAGGUUGGGAAGAAAGCAUGACUUGGGGACUCAAGGGAGGAAUUUCAAGACCAAAGGUUCAUGCCCGAAAUGUCAGAAAUAUCAUCCAGGGAAGCCUUGUGGGACAGGAGCCCAAGGAUGCUAUUCUUGUGGAGGAACUGGCCACGUGGCUCGGGAUUGCCCAAAGGGGAUCGUGUGUUUCACUUGCCAGAAGCCUGGUCAUAUCUCUCGCGACUGCCCUCAAAAGAAAGGUAUUGUUCAAUUCAGGGCGAAUAAAGGAAGCAUGGAGCCACAACGGGGACGCGUAUUUAGUUUGACGAGAGAAGACGCCAGUGCCAACCCAUCAAUAAUACAAGGUACAAUGAUCUUUCUUGAUACGCCGGUGCAAGUAUUGAUAGACCCAGGGUCUACUCAUUCAUUUGUAUCGCAUGCAUUAGCACGUUGUUUAAAAUUGGAAUUGGGAGAACUAGGGUGUCCCAUGAUAGUAUCUACCCCUUUUGGAAAACAAGUAGAAACACAUACAGGCUAUGGGGAUAGACGGAUCGUAUUGGGGAAUAAUGAAUUUUCAGUCGAACUUACGUCCCUAGAUAUUCAGGAUUUUGACAUAAUCUUGGGGAUGGAUUUCUUGACUAAAUAUAAUGCAAAAAUUAACUGUCAAGAAAAGACAGUUGAGUUACAAACAGAUAAUGGAACUUGGGAGAAGUUUCGAGGGAAAAAUGGGAGUGGGAGAAUCAAAUGGAUAACAGCCCUUAAAGCUGUUAGGAUGUUAGGGAAAGGAGCAUAUGGCUACCUAGCUUGUGUACAGGAGAAUAACAAAAAGGUUGGGCUUGGGAAAGUGGCCAUAGUAAGAGACUUUCCUGAUGUGUUUCCUGAAGACUUACCUGGACUACCCCCUUAUCGGGAAAUUGAGCUUGCCAUAGAUGUCCUACCAAGGACAGACCCUAUAUCAAUACCUCCUUAUAGGAUGGCCCCAGCAGAAUUAAGGGAAUUGAAAAGUCAGCUGCAGGAUCUUUUGGACAAGGGUUUUAUCCAACCUAGCAUGUCACCUUAG